AUGAGUUCUAAUUCUGCGCAACAUCCCGUAUGUGCUGAGGAUAUUCGUUCUAAUUAUCGUACAAGAGGAUAUCUUCCCAUAGAGAAUUAUGGAUUAAUUGGGAAUAUGAGAACAGCUGCAUUAUGCGGAACAGAUGGAUCCAUCGACUUUAUGUGUUAUCCAAAGUUUGAUAGUCCUUCAAUUUUUGCAAGACUUUUGGAUAACCAAAAGUUAUUGCUAAGGUUCUUUUCUUUAAUGUUCGUAGGACAUUUCUCGAUUAGUCCAACUGUCUAUACGAGCAAUAAACAGCAAUAUCUCCCAAAUUCUAAUAUUUUAACUACUCGAUUUCUCUGUGAAGAAGGUGUCAGCGUGAUCACUGAUUAUAUGCAUAUCCCGGAAAGAAGUUAUCGCAUUCCUCCCGUAAGAACUCUGCUACCAUGGCUAAUUAGACACGUUGAAGUAGCUCGAGGAGAAAUUUCUUUUCAUCUUGAAUUAUUUCCAGCUUUUAAUUAUGCAAUGGAUUCGCACUCGGCCGAAAUAAUUAAUCACAAGUCUCACCCUGACCCUAAAGAGACUACUUCUUUUGUUGGGAGUCAAUGUAUAAACUUUAUUUCAAAAGAUUUACAGAUGGAUUUUCGAUAUGUCGUGAAAAGUGGUGAAAGUGCUGCUCCACAUAUUGAAUUCAAAUUAUUGAAUCACGAGGAAUCUAAAGGACCUUGUGUGGUUGCAGAUUUUACUUUGAAAGAAACUCAAGAAGUUAUAUUUAUUUUUCGAGAAAUCUCUAACACAACAGAUAGUAACAACGAAAAUGGAUGUGAUACUAAUAUGCAUAAAUCUUUGAAUCCUAAUAUUAGUUAUUCAUUGUUAAAAUCAAUCUUUCGUGAAACUUUGCAUUUUUGGCAAAAUUGGAUUGCAAAAUCAGCUUAUAAAGGUCGAUGGAGAGAAUAUGUACAUCGAAGUGCUCUUACCUUAAAACUGUUAACUUAUGAACCGACUGGUGCAGUUGUCGCAGCACCAACUUUUGGGCUUCCAGAAGCAAUUGGAGGCAAUAGAAAUUGGGAUUAUCGAUAUACAUGGGUCAGGGAUUCCGCAUUUACAGUCUAUGCUUUGAUGAGACUUGGAAUGACAGAAGAAGCAAAGCAUUACAUAGAAUUCAUGGAGGAAAGAUGUCAAGAUUUGAAUCCGGAUGGAUCAUUAAAUAUCAUGUAUAGUAUUGAUGGUGAAAAACGAUUAAUCGAAAAAGAACUUAAUCAUUUAGAUGGAUAUCGAAGUUCACGUCCUGUACGUAUAGGAAAUGGUGCAUAUGAUCAUAUUCAAUUGGAUAUUUAUGGUGAAUUACUGGAUGCCCUAUAUUUAUAUAAUAAAUAUGGUAGUCCAAUCUCUUAUGAUAUGUGGGUUAGCAUACGUAAAUUAGUUAACUAUGUAUGUGAUAAUUGGAUGAUUAAUGACAUGAGUAUUUGGGAAGUCCGUGGUGGAAAACAGAAUUUUACUUAUUCCAAAAUUAUGUGCUGGGUUGCUGUAGAUCGAGGAAUUCGAUUAUCAGAAAAACGUGUAUUCCCGUGUCCAGAAAGAAAUAGGUGGUUACAAGUUAGAGACACAAUUUAUGAAGAAGUUAUGGCCAAGGCGUGGAAUCCUAAAAGAAAAAUUUUCACACAAUCUUAUGAAGCCUUAGAUUCUUUGGAUUCUUCAGUGUUGGUUAUGCCUUUAGUAUUCUUUAUUAGUCCAACUGAUCCAAGAUUUUUAAGUACUAUGAAACAGAUUCAGAUGCCACCUGAAAAAGGCGGACUUUCAGUAAAUAAUCUUGUUUUUCGCUACAACAAUCUCACCACGGACGACGGAUUAAGUGGAGAAGAAGGAUCUUUUUCCAUGUGUACAUAUUGGUUAAUCGAAGCAUUAACACGUGCUGGAAAAUAUGAUCGAAAUUUACUAGAAAAAGCAGAAUUUACAUUUGAACAAAUGAUUGGAUACGGAAAUCAUUUAGGAUUAUAUAGUGAAGAAAUUGCAAAUGGUGGUGAACAUUUGGGAAAUUUUCCUCAAGCUUUUACUCAUAUUGCCCUUAUUAGUGCUGCAUUCAAUUUAGACC